CCUCUAUUUAUGCAGGUGGCGCGGACCCUGGAAACCCAUUCGAACAGUGGAGAGAUGGCGCCCAGCAGCACCAUGCCGCCAAGCUCUAAUCUCACCGAAUCGUCUGGCUCCACAUUGAUAGUAGGCGGUGUGCAGGUUCUUAGUGACGUCGUCGGGCUUGACGAUCUGUUUUUCCUGAUCACUCUUCUGGGGUUGCAAGCGUCGAUGACGAUGCAAGUGUGCUGGGGCAAGGACCUGUCGUUGGUGCAGAUGGUGAGGUGGGCGAGAUGGUGGUUGAUAAUGGUGAUGUUGGGGUGGAGCUUCCUGUUUUCUCUUGUGAAGAGGAGACGGCGGAGUUUAAUCCUUGCAUGGCGCAUGCAGUGCAAGUAGAGGCAUGCGAGGUGGAGGAGGGGGACCACAUGUCGGGGACUGGUACUGUAGGCGUUGCCUGCGAAGAAGAUGACGCCGAGAGCCCUCCAUGCAAGCGAGCAAAAAUUUAGAUUUGUAGAGGCCAGUGCUGUGCUAUUAGCGCGCAUGCAAAUGUACGUGCAUGUUUUAUUUAGUAGGUGUGCUAAGUAUCCUAAGUAUGCAUGGGCAAAACCUUGUUUUUCCAUUGUGCAAAGCUAUGUGUUUAGCAAGUUAAUCAAUUUUCAAAAUCUGUUCGCAUCGACGGCUAUGCUUGAGCAGGAAUUGCUCAUGAUUUUGUGUUUAUGAGC